GUUUGGAAUCAAAACAAAAAGCAUUAUAGCUAUAUUGCUUUUAUAGUGUUCUUUAUAUUUUAGUUUAUUAAAUAUUCCAAGAAAACAAUUGUGUUAACUUUAUGCAACCUUUUCCAAUGGUCCGGUGCUUGUAUUCCAUUUAGUUUUUUGAGACGUCGCCUAAUGUAAAAAUGGAGUCCCAAAAAUACACACUUUCUUCAAUGCGACAUGACAUCGUAGACAACAAUAUGCAUGUUAAGGCUAUUAUUCAAGAUAUUCUGGCAUUUCGUGGAUCGAUAGCAGAACUGGACACAUUAAAUGAAGCUGGUCGGGGCAAGUUAGCUGCACUUAGAAAAUGUAUCGAACGUUUAGACGACUGGGCUCGAGAUGAAGGUGACCAGCAAGUUUUCAAAGAAGUAGACCAGCAUCGGGAGCAAUUCUCCAAAACUCUUCAAGCAUUCCGCAAAGCAAACAUAUCAACUAUGCUAGAAAUCGAGAAACACGACAAGGAGGAGCUAUUCGCCCUAAAUUCCGAUGGUGAAUUACGCCAACGACAUCCUCGUAGUACAUCAUCUAACCGGCCGUCUUUGCUGUCUCAACAAGAAAGUGUAACCGACCGAAUGCGAUCGAUAUCUCAACAGCUGUCGGACACCACAAACAAAAGUGCAGCAACUUUGGAAACUUUGAUUUCCUCCAGUGUCAGUGUGGAAGGAACCCGAGACGAACUGCUUAACACCGCUGGUACCAUUUCGCAAUCUGGAAAGUUAUUGAAAAAAUAUGGUCGACGGGAAUGUACUGAUAAGAUUCUACUAUUUUUCGCAUUCGCUUUCUUCUUGGCUUGUGUGUUUUACAUCAUGCAGAAGAGGUUGUUUUAAAAAGUCAGAUCUCUACGAGUUAAAGACUAUGUUACGUUCUAUUCAAAUUUUACUACACAAAACAUACAUACAUAGGUAAACUAGUUCUUGUUGAACCAUCUAUCUUUUUUCCUACGAGUGUAGUUUGUCCGACCAAAAUAAAUGAUUUUGGUGAUAGAUGGCAUCAAGCACUGCUUCUACAGUCACAUCUAAUCAGCAUUCGAAAUAGUCUGUCAAAAAAAUCGACAUCGCUUUGCGCUGAAAUGUUUCAGCAUGAAUGCACAAAAAAUACUAAAAUGGAUAUGUUUCCAUUAAAACUUCGUAGCAGCGAGUGGAUUAUCCGUUUUCUGUUUGUUUUAGGAUGCGUUCCAAAUCUAUUUAUUAUAUAAUUAAUAAAAAGGACAAUU